GCUCCAAGAGGGCGACUCGCAUGUGACUCGUGGAGUGGAGGAAAAGGCGCUCGUAACCCGAAGUUUCUGGUGUUACAAGUUUUGCCGUUGAUAUUGGUCUUGAGUUGGUUAUUAGGCAAAAUUUCAACCAGAUUGACACAUUUUGCAUUAACCCAAAGUUAAAAAAAAAAAUCAGAUGCCUUCUCCCGAGGAACUUCCACGUUCGUGCUAUGGACUGAGUUUCGGUAAUUCGUCGAUGACGAUUGCAUCUUGUGGAAUGACAGAUCACAAGACUCAUGUCCUGGCAAAUAGUCAUGGGGAGAGACAAACGCCUUCAUUCAUUUGUAUGACUCCAGGAGACAAUGUGACCGGUACACCAGCCAAGCAGGGGAUGAGUCGGAACGGAGCCGAUACCGUCUUCGGCGUGAAGCGCCUCCUCGACAACCCCGUCCACGUGUCCUCCCCCGUGACUCCCUUUCAUGCCUCCUACCGGGGCAAGGUGACCAAGGAGGGAGGGAUGGUGUUCUUCACUGGUGAAUCGGACAAGAGGGGGACCAAGCACACGCUCGAUGAGAUUCUCGUCCUGCUCUUCCAGGAAAUGCACAGUGUUGGGGAUAGUCAUCGAGGUGGAAGCGGAAGGAAAGCUGAGGAGAAGAUCCCCCUUGUUGUGGCUGUCCCAUGGACCUGGGGGAAAGACUUACGCUUGAGAAUCAAGGAAGCAGGGACCAAAGCGGGCUUUCACGUCCUUCAAACCAUCAGUGAACCGUGUGCUGCUGCACUUGCCUUUCAGCUUGGACAACACAGUCAAUCAGCUUCAGGGAAAUGCAUGGUGGUUCGAGUUGGAGGACAGAGCUCAGACGUGAGUGUCUUGGACUAUACGGGGGGCUUUUACUCCAUCCUUUCUCAGGAGACCUCACAUGCCUUUCAUGGAGAUGCUGUCACUGGCAUCCUUUGUGAUCAUCUGGCAGAAGACUACUCUUCGAAGUGGGGAGGAGAUCCACGAAAGAACCCCCGGUCAUACCUGAAGCUCCUGCUUGCGGCUGAGAACUGCAAGCACGUCUUGUCUUCCAUGCAGACGGCAUCGUGCUUCCUCGAAUCUCUGUAUGAGGGCAUCGAUUUCAAUGCUAGUCUCUCUCGUCCCCGUCUGGAGAGUCUGAUUGCUCCUUAUCUUCCUCAACUGGGGGAUCUCCUGCACCAUGCACUCACCAAGGCCAAUCUGAACUCCUCAGAUAUUGACACAGUGAUCUUGUGUGGAGGAGGUUGCCGGAUUCCUCGUAUUCAAUCCUUUGUGGCAUCCCAGUUCCCAGAGGCAGAAGUGCUGGGUGGGACUGAGCCCGAAGCUGUGCUUGCAGAGGGAGCAUCCAUUGAGGCUGCCAUCUUGUGUCAACACAGGGAAGAGAGCACGUGCCACGAUGAUGGUUUGGUGCUGGGACUUGCAGCAGACGUGCUCAGCCUGUCACGCCCGUUGUUGCUCCAGGUGGACGAAGAGUGGAGAGAGGUGUUUCCAGCAGGGUCUCCUGUCCCCUCACAUUGGACAGGGUGUGUCCCUGCAGAAGGGAGACAGAGUGUUUCACUCAAGGCUUGGGAGGGCAAGAAUGGUUCCUUGCUCUCAACGAUGUCUCUCAGUGGCCUGGCUCCUGAGUCAGAGAUUCACAUCUCCUGUCACCUUCAAGGUUUGGGGUCAUUGGACAUCACAGCCAUGGAUAGCGUCUCCAAUGAGUCUGUCAACUGUCAAGAGCAGAUAGCGAGGCAGUUCGUGCUCCCAGAACGUCAGAGCAAGAUCAACUUCUUGCUCAGUGGAGGUGGGGAGGGGCCCUCGCGGGAGAGGCGGGACUCCAGCGGGCCCCCCUCGGGGGUUGGCACCCUCUACUGCAUCUGCCAGACCGAUGACACAUCUCGAUUCAUGAUAUCAUGUGACAGAUGCUACGAUUGGUUCCAUGGGGACUGCAUUGGGAUCACGGAGCGGGAUGCCAAGAACAUCCGAAAGUAUUUCUGUCAAGACUGCCGGCUUCGGGAUCCUCGGCUGGACAUUCGUUACAAGGACAAGGGGGAAAAGCGCAAGAAAAUGCGUGGGGAGUCAAAUCGGAGCUGUGGGCAGUGUAUGGCAUGUCAUCGAACAGAGGACUGCGGGCGCUGUGACUUCUGCAAGGACAUGAAGAAGUUUGGGGGACCCAACAAGAUCCGCCAGAAGUGUAGACUCCGGCAGUGCUUGAAUUUGGGAAUGAUGCAGUGGGGAGGAGGUAGAGGAUCCCCAGAACACAAGUCCUCAGGAUCUGUGUUACGUGAGGCCAACUACAGUGAUGAAGAUGUUUGGGAGCCUGCCAAGAUUAAACGACCAGCAAAGCCUGCUCACACACCUUCCAAAUCGAAGGGAAAAAGUGGUGGAUCAAGUGGGAAAUGGAAGGCUGGAUACUCGCAGAGGAGGAAGCGCCGCCCGUCAUCCUCGUCCUCAGAAAGUGAGGAAGAUCUCUCUGCUUCUGAACCAAGGCAGUGCUAUGGUCCUGGCUGCACGUCUUCUGCUCGCCCGCACUCCAAGUACUGCAGCGAUGAAUGCGGGAUCAAGUUGGCCACUGCUCGUAUUUAUCAGAUCCUGCCCCAGAGGCUGCAGGAGUGGCAGCUGACCCCAUGUAAAGCUGAUGAUCUGAGCAAGAGGGCAUUGGAGGAUGUCCGCAAGAAGCAGAUCGAAGCCCAGAACAAGCUCAGGGAACUUGAUGACAAAAUCCAGAAGUUGGAGGACCUGAUCAAGCGGGUGAAGCAACUGCCGAUCGACUCUCGGAACGAAGACGAAUCGGAGGAGUCUGCUGGAGAAGGUGGAGAGGGUGUGAUGUAUUGCAUCACGUGUGGACACGAAGUCCAGGUCCGGUCUGCUCCCCGCCAUCUUGAGAAGUGCUUCAAUAAGUACGAGAGCCAGACGUCAUUUGGCUCGGCCUACAAGACCCGUAUCGAGGGCAACAGCAUGUUCUGCGACUUCUACAACCCGCACACCCGCACCUACUGCAAGCGUCUGCGGGUCACCUGCUCCGAACACUAUCGAGAGCCCAAGACUUCUGACACUGAGGUUUGUGGCUGUCCACUGGUGCAGGACGUGUUCAAGGCAACAAAUGAAUACUGCCGUGUCCCGAAGAAGAAAUGCAACCGCCACUACCUGUGGGAGAGACUCCGGCGGGCUGAAAUUGACAUGGAAAAAGUCAAACAGGAGUCUGCUGGAGAAGGUGGAGAGGGUGUGAUGUAUUGCAUCACGUGUGGACACGAAGUCCAGGUCCGGUCUGCUCCCCGCCAUCUUGAGAAGUGCUUCAAUAAGUACGAGAGCCAGACGUCAUUUGGCUCAGCCUACAAGACCCGUAUCGAGGGCAACAGCAUGUUCUGUGACUUCUACAACCCACACACCCGCACCUACUGCAAGCGUCUGCGGGUCACCUGCUCCGAACACUAUCGAGAGCCCAAGACUUCUGACGCUGAGGUUUGUGGCUGUCCACUGGUGCAGGACGUGUUCAAGGCAACAAAUGAAUACUGCCGUGUCCCGAAGAAGAAAUGCAACCGCCACUACCUGUGGGAGAGACUCCGGCGGGCUGAAAUUGACAUGGAAAAAGUCAAACAGGAAUGA